AUGGAUGCAAAACCGUGGAGAGUUGAUGGACAGAUUGCCGGAUUUAAAACUAAAUAUACAAAUGGAUUAACCUUUAUUACAAUUCGAGGCGCUGGACAUAUGGUACCGGAAUGGAGAGCCCCUCAAAUAUUUUACGCGAUACAAAAUUUUUUAAAUUAUGGGGAAGUUUAA